AUAUGUCGGUCAGAGGCAACGUGGGCGUAAAGAAGUUCAUGUUCACGUUUGAAUUUCAACCCAAACGACCGUCACCGGUGAGUCUUACCAGAAAGGAGGCGGGACGGAAGACUUUGUUAGUUAGUUAACCGCAAACACCUCUCUCUCUCUCUCUCUCUCUCUCUCUCUCUGAGCUUGCCGACUGAAAUCGAAGGUGAAAAUGGCGGAUAACCAGGACUCCACGUCCAGCCCUCUGAAUCAAUCAGUCGACCCGGACGAGGUCGCAAAGUCUCCUCCGAACUCACCCAAUUCCUCUACUCGUAAGUACUAGAGCAUUGAUUCGUUCGUUUUCUCAGGCCUGCUAUGCUGUUCUCCAGAGCUGGGUUUCAAAAAAGUUCAUGACUGGAUGUGUGGUCCUUUUUCCUGUUGCCGUUACAUUCCUCUUCACAUGGUGGUUUAUUCAGUUCGUUGAUGGUUUCUUCAGUCCAAUAUAUGCCAGUCUUGGCGUUAACAUAUUUGGCCUUGGGUUUGUUACAUCACUAAUUUUCAUAUCCUUUAUCGGUAUAUUCGCUUCAUCAUGGGUGGGUGCCACUGUUUUUUGGAUUGGAGAAUGGUUUAUAAAAAGAAUGCCUUUUGUUAAGCACAUUUACUCGGCCUUGAAACAGAUUAGUACUGCUAUUUCUCCAGAUCAGAACACCACAGCUUUUAAAGAGGUUGCGAUCAUUCGUCAUCCUCGUAUUGGUGAAUAUGCGUUUGGUUUUAUCACAUCCUCUGUUAUCCUUCAGAGGGAUGAUGGAGAUGUGGAGCUAUGCAGUGUUUACGUCCCAACCAACCAUCUGUACAUUGGUGAUAUUUUUCUGGUCAAUUCUGAAGAGAUCAUACGACCAAAUUUGUCUAUUCGAGAAGGCAUAGAGAUCAUAGUUUCGGUGGGUAUGACAAUGCCACAGGUGAUCUCUCCUAUAGAAAGGAUCCCGCCUCUAAGUGAUUAUAUUCCUCUGGACUCAAUGAUUUGAAGGCAUUAAGGAAAGUUGACACCAUGAUGCCUUUUGCGAUUUUGGAGUUUAGAGUCGUCAAUGUAUAUUGCUCAUGGUUUCACUCCAGGUUAACAUGAUAAGAUACUAGAUGCUUUAUAGAAUACCUUAACAGAAGGCACCCAUUCUUUGAGAAGCAAAGUCAUGUCCGGUCAUGGAAUCAUGAGAUGGGAUCAUUACUAAUUAUGUGGUCUUUUGGGUCUGGCCACCAUCUGUAUGUUGCUCAAUGUUGUAUCACUUGCUUGUGUAAAAGGAAAUGCUUAGCUGUUCUUUUUCUUCC